UCGGCUUUCAUUUAUUUCUUGUAAGCCAAAUCAUGGACCACUGAGUUAUGGGGACAUUCUCGCUGAAGUCCCCACGUUUUCGGUUCCCACAAAAUUGGUGAAAUGACAAGUGUUUGUCUCCUUCCUCCAUGGUCUCACAUCGUGGGUGCAUGUAUGCUGGAAGGAAAAUGGUGGAAUAGGCCUACAUGUGAUAUCAUGCAAGUGCUACAUGUAGGUGGCCUACAUGUACAUGCACCAUUAUGUACUUGUAGAUGUGGAGAGUCAUCAAUCGGGGUGUAAUUGCUGUAUUUUUCAAAUGCCGGAUUUGGUCUAUUUGUGAUUUCACAUGCCACACAAUAGUCUACACAUUGCCUUUUUUAAAACAUUCCUUUUGGUCAUGAACUUGAGAACAAAAGGCCAACUGAAGCUGAAAUACAUUUAGCCUGGGUAAAUUGAGCCCAAGUAGGGCCUAGGGCCUACUGGUUAUGCUCAUAUCUGAUGAAUUGCAAAAUCAUGAUAAAGGCUUGAACCAAAUAUAUGCCUUUUUCUUAUGAUGGAAUCUGCCAGAUUUCACUCUCUGUAUUGAGUUUUUUUUAGCAGUUUGUCACCUUUGAUGGGUAGUGCAAGGCACAGCCUUUAUGCAGUGUACCAACUACAUGUACUUGCAACAACAAAAUCAGUGAUGCCAUGGUGUUGGGUUUUUUGGAAAGAUAUCGGUUUGGUGGCAAAAGGCACGGAGUACAUGUAUGUGGAAAUAGUAUGCCACAUGACAUGGCAUAGAAGGCAUAAAAGAAGACAAAGAUAAUUGAAAAACAAAAGAUAACUUAGAAGGGAGUGAAGGAAAUCAACAGUAGAAAUGCACUGUCAAGUGGUUAGUAGUUGUGACCAGUGACCAGUAACCUAAAAAAACCCACUUUUUUGAACAUAUUCCACAGCAAUACAGUAGAUGUCGGUGUUGGUGGGAUGGGUCAUGUGGGUCGGUCCCAGUUCUUCAUACUUGGCAGUUGGCCAUGUGCCCCCCACUCAGUCAAAAUUCAACAGACAAGGGCCGGUCGGAGUUUGAUGUGUUGAGUACUAGAACCCCAGUAACAAUCUACAUGUACCGGUAAAUGCCAUCAGACUGCCCGCAUGAAAAAUCUCAACUGACUGUGACUUUGGACUGUUGAGGCGAGGUUUUCUUUUGCGCGAAAGGCAAUCAGAGCAAGUGUUUUUGAGAGAAGUAAAGACAGUCCUGGACUGAGGAGUCUUCCCUUUUCAACACCUCACUUCAAACCUCAUCUUCCGGCUGAUUUGUACAUGUACACACAAAGUGUCCGGUAACUUGUUUCAAGAUGCUGCAGCUUAAUUGUGAUGCUUGCGAUGAAUCUUUCACCUCUCAGGAUUACCUGGAGGCUCAUCAGUGUUCCCUCAAGGAGGUGGGUUCACAAAGGCAGCGUCAGGGACCUAACAGUGUCGAGAAGAAGUCCAGACCAUUUGAGUGUGAACUGUGCAACAAAGCCUUCACCCAAUUGAGCCACCUCAAGGAACACCAGCGAGUCCACACUGGGGAGAAGCCAUUCGUUUGUGAAAUCUGCGGCAAGGGGCUGUCCUGUGGCAGUGCUUUGAAAAACCACAGGAGAACCCACACAGGAGAAAAGCCUCAUGUGUGCAAGAUGUGCGGUGAAGCUUUCACCUUCAAACAGCAGCUGGUCGUCCAUCACAUGGCGCAUGAUAACAUUAGACCGUUUGUUUGCGAAGUUUGCAACAAGGCCUUCUUGAGGAAAGGAAAUCUUAAAGAGCACGAAAGAGUUCACACCAGAGAGAAACCGUAUGUUUGUGACAUCUGUAACAAGGGAUUUUCAUGUAAUGGAACCCUUAAUAAUCAUAAAAGGACUCAUACGAGAGAAAAACCUUACGCCUGUGAAUCUUGCAGCGAAUCCUUCAGGUUUAGGUACCAGCUGACAGAACACAAAAGAGUCCAUAUCGAUGGCAUUACUAAGCCGUUUGAGUGUGAAGUUUGCAGCAAAGCAUUUUCAAAACAGAGCCAUAUGAAGGAGCACCUAAGCACCCACAAUAAACAGAAGCAGUUCAUGUGUGAAGUGUGUGGCAAAGCCUUUUUAACAGCUAGUUAUUUGAAGAGACACGAUAAAGUGCACUCCAACAAAAGUGGAUUCUUCUGUCUGAUUUGUGACUUGUCUUGCUCCUCCGAAGACAAGCUAAAGAAGCACCAUCUUAGAGUUCAUAGUGGCAACAAGCCUUUUUCGUGUGAUGUUUGCCACAAGGCCUUCUCCAAUGAAAGUCACCUUGUUGAGCACAGAAGGGUCCAUACUGGAGAGAAACCGUUCGUUUGUGAUGUUUGUAACAGGGCCUUCUCAGCAAAGAGCAUUUUAAAAACGCAUCAAAGAGUUCACACCAGGGAGAAACCGUAUGUUUGCAAGAAGUGCAGCAAAGCUUUCUCUUACCAACCGCAACUUCGUGUCCAUAUGUUGUUGCAUGACAAUGUCAGACCAUUUGUUUGUGACAUUUGUAACAAGUCAUUCUUAAGAAAAGGAAAUCUUAAAGAACAUGAAAGAGUCCACACUGGUGAAAAACCAUUCGUUUGUGGCACAUGCGGCAAAGGGUUUACGAGCAGUAGCAGUCUAACCAAACACAAGAGAACUCAUACAGGUGAGAAGCCCUUCGUUUGUGAAGAAUGUGGCAAAGCGUUCACCUUUGCGGUGGCCCUGAAGACUCACCUUGUGUCUCAUGAGGAUAACCCCAAAACAUUUGAUUGUGACAUUUGCCAGAAAAGUUUCCUGAGAGAAUACCGACUGAAGGAGCACCACAAGGGAUGCCACAGUCAGGAGAAAUCAUUCAUGUGCGACGUUUGCGGGAAAGCCUUCUCAUUCAGCAGCAGCCUGAAAACACACCAGAGGAUCCACAGUGGAGAGAAACCUUAUGCCUGCAAGAUUUGUGGCAACCAUUUCACCUACGGGGCUCAGCUGAGGGAUCACAACUUGUGGGUACACCAAAAGACAAAGCCAUACAAGUGUGAGGCAUGUGAUAAAGCCUUCCUGAGGAAAAAGACACUUUUGGAACACCGUCGGGUUCAUACCUCGGUUAAAUCGUGUGUGUGCGACCUUUGUGGCAAGGCCUUUACCCACAGCCUUCUCCUGAAGCGACACCAGAAAGUCCACUCUAAUGAGAAGGCAUUUGUUUGUGAAACCUGCGGCAGAAAAUUUGCUUCAAUGGUAAAUCUUAAGACUCACCAGAUGACACAUUCAAAUGAGAAGUCAUUCCUCUGCGACACUUGUGGGGAUACCUUCCGAAGAAAAAGCCAGCUUCUGCGGCACACGAGGGUGCACACCAAAGAAAGACCCUUCGCUUGUGACAUCUGUGGCCGUACCUUCGCCCACAUUACUACUCUUAAGUGCCAUCGCCGUGGAGUUCACACGGAUGACAGACCAUUCAAAUGUCAGACUUGUGGCAAGUGUUUUUUGCGGAAGUACGCACUGGCUUGUCAUCAACGGGUGCACACGGGAGAAAAACCCUACGUUUGCGUUGUCUGUGAACGAGGUUUUGCACACAACAUUUCUCUCCGAAGGCACAAAUGUGACAGUACUCAGGGAAGUCAAGAUUAGUCGAACUUGAAACAUCCUUUGUGGCACAAAAACCUUGUGAAAGGUUUACAUGCACAUUCUAAAACCUAAGGUCAAAUUAACCCCGAAACUGUGUUCAUUUUGGCCUUACCAUUUUCCAUGUCCAAAAAGGACUCUCUUCUGCAUUAUUUUGACCGUUUUCCAGUUCAUUUUGCCCUAGAAAGGAUCAUAUUUGAACCAGAAAGGACAUCUUUUGACCUGGAUGGACGUUAGCUUAAGUUCCCCAAGACUUUAAAAUCGCUUCUGCAAUGGUAUAUUGAGAGACUUUUUUUUACCCUAAGUUUCCAAAAGCGAAUUGCACACAAGUCUAAUGGAAUUCAAACAUUUGGUGUACCUUAAAUGAGCAGUUGAAAAAUGUUCUUUGAAAUGAUCUGGACAUGCUGGAAGACGAGCCAAAACACCACGGCAUGUUUUGGCUCCAACGGGAGGCAAAGAAGAUUUUUUUCCUGGAAAAAAAAUACCAACCUCUUUAUUGGCUUGAAUUUAAACAAAUUUUGCAGUAGGAGGUUAUUGUUAGUACCAUUGGCGAUGUUGCAAGAUAUGUUACAGUAUUAGGCUAACUACAUGUGUCUCACAUUCGUAGCAAGUAACUUCAAAAGAAGUGACAGUAUUAACAUCUGGGGCCAAUUUCAUAGAGCUGCUUAUGCACAAAAUUUGCUUAAGCAUGAAAAAGCCUUUCUUAAAAAACAAA